UUCCACUGUCGCGAUCACGGUUUCCAUCAUCGUAUCGCGCCAAGAUCAGCAUUAUACAUAGCUUCUUGGCUGCAGGACAAAGUGUAUUUGUCAUUAGAAAUCGGGACGGAGCAUAAACAUGGAUUGGAGUGAUCAAGUCUGGAUUUGCAGUGAUAUGUCAGUUCACAAGCGGUAGUUAAACAGUCCAUGUCGUAAUCUCGUAGUGCUUCAUCGAUAGUUCUUACUCCAUUGAAAUGGCAUCAAAUAGGCAUUUCGGUGUUAUGGGCUACAUCUACGCCGGGUUGUGUUUGACUGCAUCGAUUUUGUUGAUUAUAAAUUCUAGCAAUACAGUGAAAUUGGCUAGGGUUGAUGGUGACAGUAUCAGCGGUGUCAGUAUCAUAGUGCUUAUUGGAUCUUUGAUUUGCUUAGUAUUCAAUGCUUUUCUUAUGUUGGGAAUGAUAAUGAAUCGACUGGAAUUCGUCAAGUAUCAUUUACGCUUCAUUUCUACCAUCUAUGUGCUGAUCCUUCUUGGGCUGAUCAUUGGAUGCAUUGGAAGUGUAAUUGGACUGAAAAAUACGGGAAUACCAGAUGCUAAUGUGAUCGGUCUACUAGCUUUCACUACGACAUUAAUGGGCAUCACCUUGAUAACCUGUGUAACAUUGCAAUUUUCAUUAAUUGUUUGGAUACUCAACGGUGUAAUGCGCCUUAUUACGGAAGAUAUGAUGCGUUUGCUAGUAUCUGAGGAUGCAAAUGAAAUGGCUUGAAUCAAUAUUUACACACCUAAUAUGCCUCUUGGCAUCUCAUUUCAUAAACAUAUGGAAAAAUAAAAUGUGUCUAAAUAUAACAUUA